CCCUGAAAAUAGCAAAUGUCAACUGGCAAUCCAAACCAAAUAAAGCUGCACACCACACCUCUGAUUACAGCAGCGCAGAGAUAAUCUUGAGGAGAGGACAGGCCUUCAACAUCACUCUGAACUUCCAAACAAGGGUGCAAUCUAGGGACUACUUCACCUUUAUUGCAAGCACAGGACCAUGUCCAGCAGAAUCACAGCAGACCAAGGCCAUAUUUGACCUUUUGGAGGAGGGUGCCAGCAGCUGGAGUGCAACCCAAGAGCCCAGUGAGCCCAGCUGCAUGAACUUCACAAUAUUCAGCCCAGCCAAUGCUGUAAUUGGACGAUACAAACUCAAACUCCAGAUUGUUUCUGGGAACAAGGUCUCCUCAACACUCCUGGGACAGUUUGUGCUACUCUUCAAUCCCUGGUGUCCAAAUGAUGAUGUCUAUAUGGCUAACGAAAAGGAGCGAUGGGACUAUGUCCUGAAUGACAGCGGAAUCAUAUUUCAGGGACUGGAAAAACAUAUCCAACAAGAAGCUUGGAACUAUGGACAGUUUGAAGAGGAUAUCCUUGAUAUCUCUCUGGCUAUAUUGGAUCGAAGCCUGAACCUCUGCCAAGGUCCAGCUGUUGAUCUAUCCAACCAAAACAAUCCAAUCUACGUGAGCAGGGUCAUCAGCGCUAUGGUUAACGGCAGUGAUGAAAAAGGAGUAGUGGAAGGGAAGUGGAAUGGAAAGUACUGCACAGGAACCAAACCCUUGCAGUGGAGUGGAAGUGUGACCAUCCUUCGGAAGUGGUACAGUGGGAGAUACAAACCUGUCCGUUACGGCCAGUGCUGGGUCUUUGCAGGAGUCAUGUGCACAGUUCUGAGAUCCUUGGGAAUACCUACUCGUGUUAUUACAAACUUCAACUCUGCCCAUGACAGGAAUAUAAAUCUGAGUAUUGAUAAGUACAUCGACAUUUCUGGAAAGACCCUGCACUUGACUGAAGACAGUGUGUGGAAUUUCCAUGUAUGGAAUGAAAGCUGGUUCAUUAGAAGAGAUCUUGGCUCUUUUUAUGAUGGAUGGCAGGUUCUGGAUGCAACACCCCAAGAAAGAAGCAAAGGCAUAUAUCAGUGUGGUCCCGCCUCCACCAGAGCCAUUAAGGAAGGGGAUGUGAACCUGGAUUAUGACAGAUCAUUUGUGUUUGCAGCAGUGAAUGCUGACUAUGUUACUUGGAUUCGCUACAGCAACAAGAGAAAAGAGAGAAUUUAUUCUGAUACUAGGAAGAUGGGAAAAUUUAUCAGCACCAAAGCCAUGGGCACCAACUCCCGUGUGGAUGUCACUGCUAAUUACAAAUAUCCAGAAGGAUCCUUGAAAGAAAGGCAGGUGUAUAAAAAAGCACUGAAGCUGCUUGGUGUGAGAAGCACUGGGAAAAGAACCAAAAUUACAAGACCUAGAAGACGAUCUUCAGUAGCAUGGAGACAAAAUAUGACACAGCCUGCACAAAAACCCAGUAUCUCAGGGAAGCUGAUCCUUGAUGCAUCUCUUGUGACUGGCCAGGAUAUCCUCCUUACCUUGGCACUCAGGAACUUGACUUCAGAUUUCAAGACCAUAAAGGUUAAACUGAGAGCUUCAGCCAUUCUCUACACAUGAAAACCAAAGGCACAGAUUCUGCAGUUAUCUAGGUCUAUUAAACUUGGAUCUGAGGAAGUGAAGGAGAUUUCAUUCAAGAUCUCCUAUUCCCAGUACAAAAACUCUCUGCUGGAUGACAGGAAGAUCCUAGUGACUGCUGUGUGUGAAACCAAACAAGGAGCCUCGCUUCUAGUGGAGAAGGAUAUUGUACUUCAGGAUCCUUUUCUCACCAUCAAGGCCCUUGGUCCAGCAGUGGUACACCAGGCUGUUGAUGUGCAGGUCACCCUUACCAACCCGCUGCCUGAAGCAGUGACAGACUGUGUGCUGAGAGCAGAAGGUAGUGGCCUGCUCAAAGAGCAACUCAGAAUCAAUGUGGCAAGUAUGGCCCCCAUGGAGAGCUCAACCGUCCAAUUUGAAAUCAUUCCCUACAAGAGUGGCACUAGGCAGCUUCAGGUGGACUUGGUUUGCAUCCAUUUUUCAGAUAUUAAGGGAUUUGUGAUGCUUGACGUGGCUCCUGCUCAGUGA